AUGCAGAGUCGAUUGAUGCGGUUAAGCGGCGGCGGCGGCGGCGGCGGCGGUAGCAGCAGCAGCAGCAACGGCAGCGACAGCGGCCAGAGCAGCAGGGCAGGCUGCGGCGGCGGCAGCGCGUUGAGGAAGGGGCCGUGGACAGCGGAGGAGGACGAGAUCCUGGUGGACUACGUGCGGAAGAACGGCCCCCGCGACUGGAGCUCCAUUCGAUCCAAAGGCUUGCUCCCCCGCACCGGCAAGUCCUGCCGCCUCCGCUGGGUCAACAAACUCAAGCCCGACCUCAAGACAGGGUGCAAGUUCUCGGCGGAGGAGGAGCGGGUGGUGAUCGAACUGCAGGCGCAGUUGGGGAACAAGUGGGCGAGGAUCGCCACCUACUUGCCCGGCCGCACCGACAACGACGUCAAGAACUUCUGGAGUACCAGGCAGAAGCGACUCGCCAGGAUUCUGCGCACUCCUCUGCCUCCCAAAUCCGCCUCCACCGCUAAGUCGACCGCCACCUUGACGACGACGGCGGCGACGACGUCGUCUCAGGGGAAACAGAGCCUUCUUCAACCCCCUCCUCCUCCUCCUCAGGAUCAAUAUGCAUCUGCUUCACAAAUUCUAAUGCAGGAUCCGUGCUCCGAUCAUCUCCACCUGUUCGACGGCGUCGAGGACGACUCCGGGUACCGUUGCAUGGUCAUCGACCUGCCUCCAAUGCCGGACCCGUUGAGCUGCUGUCCUUCUAUGCUCGAAUUCGACGCGCCGCCGCCACUCCUCGCCGCCGGGCCCGAGCCCUGCAGCCUGUUCCUCGCCGCCUCCUCGCAGCCGGACCUCGACCACCACCUCCUCCCUCAGCCGCUGCUCGGCCUACCGCCCGACCUCGCUCUCUACCAGUGCCAGGACCCACAUUUCUGCGAUCAGCUCCUCCCCGAGGAGCUACCCUUCUUCGGAGUGAAGAGGUCGGAGCAGGAGACGGCGUUGCCACCGGACAACUUCUUCUUCGACGACUUGCCUCCCGACAUGUUCGACUUCAUCGACCGGCCGCCGCCGCCGCCGCCGCCACCACCGACGACCAAGUCGUGCUAG